GGCGACGGGUCGGGCUGCGGCGCCCGCGCGACACGGUGUGGCACGAGCGGGUGCUGCUCUACCUUGCGGGGGGCACAUACUGGUGGGUGCUGACGCCAGACGCCGAUCGGCACGUCGAGGACGUGUCGGGGCCCGUCGGCGACGGCUGCAACAGGGCCUUCGUCGUCGCGCUGGACGGCACGGCCCCCGCCUUGGCCCACGGCUCCUUCUACCGUUUUGCGCGGCCGCUGACCUGGGAGGAGCUGCGCAGCGCGGUGCUCAGAUCGAGGACCGACCAGCAGGAGCACGCCAGUGACGAGCCCCUGGAUGACCCCGCGGAGGUCUACACCUGGGAGGGGGUCUCUCGCCCGUUCGGGCUCCUACGACGUCGCCUUCCGCUGCGGGGGGCCAGGGGCGCUGUCGGGGGGGCCGACGCCCCUCCUGGUGGCGCUUCGCCCUCGGCGGCGAUGGUGAGGGAGGCCGGCUCCUGGCAGCUCGUGGAGGCGGCCCCCGUCGGCGCGGUGGACUCCUUCAGGGACAGGCGCCCGAGGGAGCUGCUCGGGCUGGUCGAGAGGGACCUGCCCGCCGACGCCCGCGUCAGGGGACCUCCGCUGCCGCCGCCGGCCUUGCCACCUGGUGGCGAGGCAGAUCCCUCGCGCGGAGCUGCCGAGGCCACGGGCCCCAGCGCUGACGACCAGGCGGACUCGGUCGACGACGCGAGGACGCUGUGGGUUCAGCACGACGAGCAAGGGGGCCGCCACAAGCCGUGGCGCGAGGUUGUCCGCGAGAUCAGGAAGUACACGUUCAAGGACUGGCCACUCGAGGACGGCCUCAGCACGGUGGAGCACAUGGCGAAGCGCUGGGAGCAGGACGGCGGGCCACCCUUGCUCUGGUUGGACCUGCGGGCGCGGGGCCGGCCGCUGAGCCAGACGGACCGCAGCUACAUCGACAUGAAGCGCCUGCUCACGGCGAUCUUCUAU